CACAAGAACUGUGUCAGAGAAAACUAGUCGCUGCAGGUUCAUAGAUGGCUUGCUUUGUACAUGCCAGUAUUUAGCCAAAGAACACACGGAAAGAUGUGUGAUCCACAUAUAAUUGGUGGAUAAGGAGUACAAGAGUAUAGGUUGCAAACUGAAAACAGGAGAAAAUAUCCACAAUGAAGAAGAAGAAGAAAUCCAAAUUGCAGGUCAUCAUGGAAAAUGUUGGAAUGGAGAUUGAUGGACAAUUAGAAAGUGACUCAGACAGCGAAGAUGAGGAGGAGGAGGAGGAGGAGGAGGAAGAAGAAGAAAAAGAAGAAGAAAAGCCAGCCAGAGGGCGAAAUACAAAGGAAGCAACCAGGGCAAAGAAAAAACACAAGAAUGAAAAGGAUGCUGAUAAUGAAAGUGAGGAAGAAAAUGAAGAGAGCACCAGGUGGAAAAAGACCAGUCAAAAGAAUGCUCAGGAAACAGAUGAUCCUGAAAGAGACAGCGAUGAGGAGGAAACCGCCAGAAGCAGGAGAAGAAAAAACAGGGGGACUUCAAGUAAAGACCAAAAGGAUGCUGAAAACAAGGACAAGCAAUUAAUCGAGAAAGGAAAAGGAAAGGAUAAGAAAAAGGAACAUGCAGGAGAGAGUGCUUCCUCUUCUGCAUCCAGCUCCUCAGAUGAUGAGUCUCUGAAUGAGGAAGAACUAUCCAAGCUAAAGGAACAGGUAGAGGAAAAGAAGAAACUGAUAUCUGUCAUGAGGAACAAACCCUGGCGGAUGGCAAAGAAAUUAAAAGUGCUGAGGGAGGCUCAGGCUUUUGUAGAAAAGUUUGAAGGUGCCUUGGGAAAGAGAAAAGGAAGAAAACUAUAUGCAUAUAAAAUGCUGAUGGCAAAGAAAUGGGUCAAAUUUAAGAGAGACUUUGAUAAUUUUAAGACACAAUGUAUACCUUGGGAAAUGAAGAUAAAGGAGGUGGAAAGUCACUUUGGUUCUUCAGUGGCUUCCUAUUUCAUAUUUCUGCGGUGGAUGUACGGGGUAAACCUCGUCCUGUUUGGCUUAAUAUUUGGACUAGUUAUAAUUCCUGAAAUCUUAAUGGGAACAACAUAUGGAAGCAUACCAAGAAAAACAGUACCCAGGGCUGAGCAACCAACUGCUAUGCAUUUCUCGGUUCUCUGGGAUUUUGAGGGCUACAUCAAGUAUUCUGCGGUUUUCUAUGGCUACUACAAUAGUCAACGGACAAUUGGAUGGCUAAAGUAUAGACUGCCAAUGGCAUAUUUCAUGGUUGGUGUCGUGGGUGUAUAUGGAUACAGUUUGAUGGUUGUAAUAAGAUCGAUGGCCCGGAAUGCACACGAAAGCACAGGAGAUGGGGAUGAUGAAAACUUCACUUUUAGCUGGAAAAUGUUCACUAGUUGGGACUACCUUAUAGGAAAUCCGGAGACAGCAGACAACAAGUUUGCUUCCAUCACCACUAGCUUCAAGGAAUCCAUUGUGGAUGAGCAGGAAAGCAACAAAGAUGAGAACAUCCAUCUGAGAAGAUUUCUGAGAGUCCUGGCCAAUGUACUCAUUACAUGCUGCUUGUGUGGAAGCGGCUACCUCAUUUAUUUUGUUGUUAAACGCUCCCAGGCCUUUUCCAAAAUGCAAAACGUUGGCUGGUAUGAAAGAAAUGAGGUUGAAAUCGUCAUGUCUCUGCUUGGGAUGUUUUGCCCUCCUCUGUUUGAAACCAUUGCAGCAUUAGAGGAUUAUCACCCUCGCAUUGGCCUGAAGUGGCAGUUGGGACGUAUCUUUGCACUCUUCCUUGGGAACCUAUAUACUUUCUUAUUGGCUUUAAUGGAUGAUGUCAAGGAAAAGCUGAAGGAAGAAGGUGUCAUCAAGAAUGUAACGCAGUUGUCCAUCUUAACCGGCUAUAACUCAUCUGCAGGGAAUUCAAGUGUGGUUACUCCAUUACAUAUGGACCCAGCAGAUGUGCCUCGCGGACCAUGCUGGGAAACAAGUGUGGGAAUAGAAUUUGUAAGGCUCACUGUGUCCGAUAUACUUGUGACAUACGUAACUAUACUAGUGGGAGAUUUUGUCCGUGCUUGCUUUGUCAGAUUUGUAAAUUAUUGCUGGUGCUGGGACCUAGAGGCUGGAUUUCCUUCUUAUGCAGAGUUUGACAUUAGUGGUAAUGUGCUUGGCUUAGUCUUCAAUCAAGGAAUGAUCUGGAUGGGAUCCUUUUAUGCACCAGGACUUGUUGGCAUCAAUGUGCUCCGUUUACUCACAUCCAUGUAUUUCCAGAGCUGGGCUGUUAUGAGCAGCAAUGUUCCCCACGAGCGGGUGUUCAAGGCCUCCAAGUCAAACAAUUUCUAUAUGGGGCUCUUGCUACUGAUUCUGUUCCUAAGCCUGUUGCCUGUGGCUUACACCAUUAUGUCCCUUCCUCCAUCUUUUGACUGUGGACCAUUCAGUGGAAAAAAGAAAAUGUAUGAUGUCAUCCAAGAGACCAUCAAAUAUGAUUUCCCACCCUUUGUAGCCAAGAUCUUUGGCUAUGUGGCAAACCCAGGACUGAUUAUACCUGCAAUUCUACUUAUGGUCCUUGCCAUAUAUUACCUGAAUGCAGUGGCUGAAGCAUAUCAACAAGCAAACGCAGAGCUGAAGAAGAAAAUGCAAAUGCAACGCGAAGAAGAAAAAAAUAAGAAAAAUAACAAAGCGUCCACCAACCCUGCUGUACAAGAUUUAGAAGACCUGUUUGUUCCUUGUGCAAAGACCACGGACGAGCUCAAACUAACUGAAGACAGCAGCCCAGAACUUAACAAUGCAAACUGUCCUGCAGUCAAGGCAAGCACAACCAGAAACAAUCCUGACACUGGAAAAGCAUCCCUGCCAGCACCCUCACCCCAUUCAACAGCAACUCGGCCACCUACUCCACGACAGCCUCAUACUAACCAGCCAAAAUCUGGAACCCAUCCAUAGAAACCAAACCCUGGAACAGAAAGUCAGAAAACUGAGUAAUCAAUAUUGAAAAGAGAACUUGGGUAUGGAAGCAUGCACACUCAUUAUAUUGUACCCUAGUAAAGGUAUUUCUUAAAGUUUCACUCAUCUCUUUUAAAUUUGUGAUAAGAACUUACCUUGUGAGAUCACAUCUCACAUUCAGCUUCACUGUUUUCUUCUUCUGGGAGAUACGAACUCUUGAACCAACAGAAAGACUAUUCUUUUGGUGUGUGUGUCUAGCCCAGCAAUACUGACACAACCACCAUUCCUGACUGGCACAAUACAAUAUCCAAAGGAGUAGGGUUAACCAGUUAAAGAUGGUUUCAGUGAACUUUGUGGUUUUUAGUUUAUUUAAAUAAAUUUACAAUUCAUGGAAACUUUAACGAAGGUGCCUUUUGUGAGGAUCUUAAAAGGGAUAGCUUCUACAGCAAGUUUAAGGUUUAGAUUCCACAAGCAGAUGUCAUUGCGGAUCAGUGAGCUAAUUUGACUCAACCUCAUGUUAGCUUGAAGUUACUAUCUUAGCUUGAAGGGCUAAAUUUAAGUUUUUAACUUAACAUCAAUGACUACUUGUCACUAGAAACAAAGGAUGUUUAACUACAUUCAUCUUCCAAAAAUAAGGGAAAUCUCUUCCCCACUCCAAACUUCCCAUAUGUAAGUCAUUUCAAUUGAAUUUAGCAUAUCUUGUUUGUAAGGUCAAAUUAAACCUGGUCUAAACAAUUAUGGUGCAAUCAGGCAAUUCAAAAGUUAUCCCAUUCCAAUGGGAUCAUAAGAGACAAAUAUGCUGAUUAUUGCAAGAAAUGGAGAAAAUAACACAUUGACACAGGACCCCUCUAACCUUGCGCAUUACUAGCUAGAAAUGAUUUGGAAGAACUGGUGGCAUUCUAACUUUUGCCAACCUCUGAGAUGUAUACUACUAAAAUCGCUCAACUUACUUUCUGUAUCUGUGGGGUCUGUAAAAGACAACAGCAUGUACUUCUCUAUCCAGUUCUGGCCUGGCAUUUUUCCAAAUGAUCAAGUGUGCUCUAAAAACACUGCCUGAGCCGGAAUUCCGACUGGUCCGAUCUGGAAGAGUAAGCAUGGGUACGUAGGGUCAUGAAAAAGGGCCAGGUUGGGGCAACCUCAAGCUGAAACUCUGGAUCCCAGGUGUCAAACUCACAGCCCUCCAGAUGUUGUGGACUACAGUUCCCAUCACCCCCUGCCAGCAUCAUGAUGGGAACUGUAGUCCAUAACAUCUGGAGGGCCGCAAGUUUGAGUCUGGAUAUACUGGAUAUACUGAUUUGCAACCGAGCCCAAUUAUAACUCAGCAGGAUGUGCUUCACAGUAAAAUGCAGAAGAAUCUCAGUUGUUGAUGCUUGUCAAUGUCAGGAAAUAAAACCUAUUUGUAUAUAAAAGUUUGAUCUGUUAACUUAAUUGCACACAAGAACACUCUGUGUUUCAUGACCAUAAACCUGCUCAUUAUUUAUAAAUAAAUAAAUGGUA